CGGGAACCGGGAACAGGGACCGGGAACCGGGAACAGGGACCGGGAACCGGGAAUAGGGACCGGGAACAGGGAACAGGGAACCAGGACCCAGGCACCGGGAACCGGGCACCGGGAACCGGCACCGGCAUCGGGUACCGGGAUCCGAGAAUCGGGGACAGGCACCGGGAAUCGGCCCCGGGAACUGGCAGCGGGAACCGGCAUCGGGAAUCGAAGGCCGGGCACCGGACAUCGACACAGGGCACCGACACCUCCACCGAGGACCGGGCACCAGCUCCGGGCACCGGGCACUGGGAUCGGAUCGGGGAGCGGUCACCGGUACUGGCUGCGGGGCCCCGCCGGGCAGGGAGAGGCGCCGGGGGAAGCGGGACCCCCCGCCCGGCCCCGCCCCGGCCCGCCGGGGGCACCGGAGCUGCCCCGGUCCCGGCGCCGCGCUCCCCGAGCAGGCAGAGAUGGACACCUUCAGCACCAAGAACCUGGCCCUGCAGGCCCAGAAGAAGCUCCUGAGCAAGAUGGCCACCAAAACCAUCGCCAACGUCUUCAUCGACGACACCAGCAGCGAGAUCCUGGACGAGCUGUACCGGGCCACCAAGGAGUACACCCACAACCGCAAGGAGGCCCAGAAGAUCAUCAAGAACCUCAUCAAGAUCGUGAUGAAGCUGGGCGUGCUGUACCGCAACGGGCAGUUCAGCCCCGAGGAGCUGCUGGUGAUGGAGCGGUUCCGCAAGAAGGUGCACACCCUGGCCAUGACGGCCGUCAGCUUCCACCAGAUAGACUUCACCUUCGACCGCAGGGUCAUGUCGGGGGUGCUCCUGGAGUGCCGGGACCUGCUGCACCAGGCCGUGAACGGGCACCUGACGGCCAAGUCCCACUCCCGCAUCAACCACGUCUUCAACCACUUUGCGGACUACGAGUUCCUGUCGGCGCUCUACGGGCCCUCCGAGCCCUACCGCACCCACCUGCAGAGGAUCUGCGAGGGGGUCAACAAGAUGCUGGAGGAGGACAACAUCUGAAGGCUCUUGGCAGCCGGGCUCUGCCUCCUGGGAGGGUGGAGUGGGGCUGUUUGCCUGCUCUGAGCAUGGCCAGGCUCGACGGCCCCCCCCCUCCUCCUCUGCAGUGCUCGCUCGUUUUCCCCUCGUUUCUACAGGAGACUGAACACCUUGACUUUUGCCCACCCCUUGCCCAGGGGCUUCGAAGCCCUCCCUGCGCUGGGCCGAGUCCUCUCCAGGGGAUCCUGGGAUUUUGGGCUCCUGCUGUACAGUUUGAUUUCCUUUGCCCACCAAGUGUCCUUAGCUCAGAGUCCGAGGAGGACUCUGAGCCUUGAACUCUGUUGUAACCCUCUGGGGGGAAAACCAAAGCAAAGCCUGGUGGUGUGGAACACCUCUGAAAGGGGUGUCUGAGCAGGUGGGAUGUUGCUGGUUGUGAGACCCCCUUCCUGGAGGGUUGUGGGGCUCCAUGGUUUUCCUUCAGCAGCUCCAUAACACUGUGGGAGCAAGUCAUGGUCCAGAGUGUUGCUGCCCAGGAUGGGAAGGUGUGGGCUUUGCUCUCCUCAAAGACAAGUCCCUGAGAGGAGGAGGAUCCCACCUCACCUGGACAAGGGAGCUGCUCCUUCCCUGCAUCCCAGGUACCAUCCAAGCCCCAGCUCCCCACCAGCUCCCCAUGACUGUCACGGCUCCGACGCCGCCCUCGGUGGUUCUCCAAAGUUCUCUGUGGGAUUUCAUCCCUUUUCCACAUUGUCUGAGUGAUGGUUGUUCCUUUUUUAGCAAACUCUGUAGCCCUGAUGAGUUAUUUAAAUAAACUCACCUGUUUGGCCUGGGA